UUCGGUGCAGCCGACAUGGCAAUGUGGCUGCUUAACUCCUCUCUGCUGCUGCUGCUGCUGGCAGCAGUCAGCCUGCAGGCCAGACUGAUCCUUCCGCAGGACGACGGACAACUGGAGACCAAGGAGCAAUUCUUUGCCACUCCUCGCGACGACAUCGAUGAGGGCAACUAUCGACUGCCGAACAACACCGCCCCCGAGUCGUACAAGGUGGAACUAUGGACUAAUGUGCACAGCGGCGCGAGGGACUUCAACGGCAGCGUGCAGAUCGAUCUGCAGGUCCUUGAGCUAUCCAGUUCCAUCACACUGCACUACCGCCAGACGUCGAACUUCACAGCAUCGAUUAUAAGCAGAGAUGAGGUGGCCCAGGCCAUUGAGCUCGAUGUCGCCACCGACACCGUUCGCGAAUUUCUCACCCUCACGCCGAAGUUGGCGACUGUCACCUUUGCCGCGAACACCAACUGGACCCUCAGUAUCGACUACAAUGGUACCCUGCGCGGUGAUAUGGGCGGCUUCUAUAUAUCCAGCUACACCGACGAUGACAGCACUGUGCACUACCUGGCCACCACGCAGUUCGAGAGCACGAAUGCCCGACACGCCUUCCCCUGCUACGAUGAACCCGCCAGGAGAGCCAACUUCACCAUUACCAUCCACCACGAUCCCUCCUACAAGGCCAUUAGCAAUAUGCCCGAGGAUGCGGCGGCCACUAGCUCUGGUGUUACCGCCUUCCAGACCACCCCGAAGAUGUCCACCUAUCUGGUGGCCUUCAUCGUGUCCGACUUUGAGUCGACAGGCGGCGAGCUGAACGGCCUGCCCCAAAGGGUCUUUUCGCGAAAGGGAAAGCAGGAUCAGCAGGAGUGGGCCCUGUGGUCCGGCCUGGUGGUGGAGUCUAGUCUGGCCGGUUACUUCGGGGUGCCGUUCGCCCUGCCCAAGCUGGAUCAGGCCGGCAUACCGGACUUUUCGGCCGGAGCCAUGGAGAACUGGGGUCUAGCCACGUAUCGCGAACAGUAUAUGUGGUGGAACAAGCAAAACUCGACCAUCAACCAAAAGACGAACAUUGCCAAUAUCAUUGGCCAUGAGUACGCGCACAUGUGGUUCGGGGAUCUGGUCUCGAUCAAAUGGUGGACCUAUCUGUGGUUGAAGGAGGGUUUCGCCACUCUAUUCUCCUACGAGUCGAACGAUAUUGCCUUCCCCGAGUGGAACACCUAUCAGAUCUACCAUGUGAACGACUACAACAGCGCCCUGCUGAACGAUGCCGCUGGCGCGGCCACGCCCAUGACCCAUUAUGUCCAGACGCCCUCAGAGAUUUCUAGCCGCUACAACACCUUCUCGUAUGCCAAGCCUGCCAGUGUGCUCUUCAUGUUCAAGAAUGCCUGGACAGACAGCGUCUUCCGACUGGGUCUGAACAAGUAUCUGACCAAGAACCAAUUCAACUCCUGCGACGAGUGGGACUUGUUUGAGUCCCUCCAGGAAGCUGCCAAUGAACAGGGGCUCUCCCUGCCCACGACGGUGGCCAACAUCUUCUCCAGCUGGUCGCAGCAGGCCGGCUAUCCCCUUCUGACUGUCGAACGCAACUAUGACGCCGGCACCUUCACCGUGAAGCAGCAGCGCUACCUCGCUGACAAGGAUGCGGCCAACCAGAACACCUGGUAUGUGCCCAUCAACUUUGCCACAGCCUCCAGCCCGGACUAUCGAAACACGAGUGCCUCGCACUACCUGCUAAAUAUCUCCGAGGUGGCCAUCACAGAUGCGCAGAUCGCUAGCGACGAUUGGCUGAUCCUCAACAAGCAGAGUUCGGGAUACUACCGCAUCCUCUACGACAACCAGAACUACCAGCUCCUGGCACAGGUACUGGCCGACCAGCCGUACAAGAUCCAUGUCCGCAAUCGCGCCCAGCUACUGUACGACACCUACAUCUUCCUGACCUCCGGACGUCUCAAUCACAGCACGCUGUUCGAUUUGCUGUCCUACCUUAAGAACGAGACUGAGUAUGCGCCCUGGUCCACUGCCAACACCAUUCUGACCGUCUUCGAUCGUUACCUGCGAGGCGAUGAGCAGUACUCCCAGUUUACCAGUUUCGUGGUCCAGCAGAUCGAUGGCAUCUUCAAUAGGUUGGGUGUCAACGAGAUUCCCGGGGAGCACUAUCUGAACAACUAUCUGCGCGUGGUGCUGAUCAGUCUGGCCUGCCAAGUGGGCAGUGAGUCGUGCUACGAGCAGUCGGCCCUGAAGCUGAAGCAGUUCCUGCUGAAUGGAAUUCACAUUGAGGCAACGAUCAGGACGCAAACGUUCUGCGGAGGCCUGCGUAAGACGGAGGAUGAUAUCUUCAAUCUCGUACUGCAGAACCUAGGUGCCUCUUCGGACGCCACCGACCGCAGCCUGUUCGUCUCUUCGCUGGGCUGCUCGCAGGUUCCCUCCCAGCUGGAGACGUUCUUCUCGAGCUCCUUCAAUGAGAGCAAUGGCUUGACCGAUAGCGAGCGGACUUCACUGCUCAAUGCCGCCUACUCCAGGAGCGAGGUGGGUCUCACAGCCAGCUUGGAUUUCCUCGAGUCCAAUUGGAGGGACUACGCCCAGCUGAAUGGAUCCACGAAACCCUUGGAUUUGGCUCUGCGUGGCAUCGCUACCUAUGUGGUUAGCACGAAGCAGCAAACAAGGCUGAACGCCCUGGUCGAAGAUGUCAAGACCAAUGGACCGGAGUAUGUCAAUGAUGAUCUUAGCACCGUCGUAGACUCCCGAGUAAAAGCCAAUCUCGAUUGGCUGGCCGUCCAUCGUGAUCCUCUGAUCAGUUGGUUGGCUGCCUACAACACAGUCAAGGACAAUGGCAGUCCCGCCCUGACGACAUCCCUAGCCACGAUCCUGGCCUCAGCGCUGACGCUACUUUUGUGGCAGUUAUUUUAGGAUUAGUCAUAGUCAUGUGCUCAAGUAUACCCAUAAAUAAAUUUAAUUCAUGAAUCAACAGUAAAA